GCGUUGCUGGGUGAACAGAUUACUCCAGCAGGCAGGGGGCGGGACAGGGCACUUUCUGUGAAAGUGGUGCGCUCUCAGCCCGAUCAGAGUGUGCAGCUGCUAGCUUUGAGCAGCAAUGGUAGAACAGAAUGACCGUGCGCCUCUGCUCGACUGGGCGGAGGGCCCGGGCAUCUCUGUCUCUGAGCCGGUACCCGCUGCAGGAGAGGGUGAGAGCAGUGGGGCUGUGGCUACCCCAGAUCCAGGGGUGACACCGGGUGGCAGCAGAGCGCUUGGCAUUGCUGGGUGUUCGUGGACCAGUAGCCCUGGACUGUCAGCUGGUGAUCCGCGGAGGCUGCAGGUAGAAGGGGACGAUAUUGUAGCUGUAUUCGUGGUGACGUUUGAUACAAGAAGCGGUAAUAUCGUAGAAUGGUGUUUACCCCAAGAUAUGGAUCUGGAAGGUGUAGAGUUCAAAGCAAUGGCUAGUGGAUCACAUAAAGUACCAUCCGAUUUCAUAUAUUUUCGGAAAGGGAACUUCUUUGGGCUAGCUUGCUUUGCCAAUAUGCCUGUAGCAAGUGAACUUGAGAGAGGUGCACGAAUGAAGUCAGUGGGCAUCCUGUCCCCAUCCUAUACCCUCCUAUACAGAUACAUGCACUUCUUGGAGAACCAGGUCAGGCAUCAACUGGAAAAACCUGGUGUUUAUACACAGCUGGAAGCAUUUUAUGAAGAUAAAAAAGGAGUUUUACACACUGGCAAUGGAGUAUCUACCUGCAAUGCGCCUGUCCACUGGCUGCCUGCCAUUAACAGAUACAUGUACCCGGAAAUGAAGAUAACCCAUCCUGCCGGCUGCAUGUCUCAGUUCAUUAAAUUCUUUGGUGAACAAAUAUUUAUUCUGUGGAAGUUUGCACUGCUGCGGAAACGGAUCUUAAUUUUCUCCCCCCCACCUGUGGGGGUGGUCUGUUAUAGAGUGUACUGUUGCUGUUGCUUGGCUAAUGUUUCCUUGCUUGGUCUUGGAGGAGCUAUUCCAGAGUCUAAACCAUUUUUCUACAUCAAUGUGGCUGACAUAGAAGUGCUGGAGACAGAGAUUUCCUACGUAGCAUGCACAACAGAAAAGAUAUUUGAGGAAAAAAAGGAUUUGUAUGACGUAUAUGUAGAUAACCAAAAUGUAAAAACAAAUCGUGAGCAUCUGCAACAGCUUUUGAAGGUAAACAGUGCCGAUAAAGACAAGUACAGGAAACUGAAUGAACAGAGACAGAUGCUUCUUUACUCCCAGGAGGUUGAUGGAGACUGCAGUGGCACUGAAGAAGACUUGUUCAUACUGUUUUUUAUGGAACUUAAUAACCGCCUUUUCCAGACACUGCUCGAAGUAUCUGCCAGUCAGGACAAAACAUUGACUGCAGACCAUGUCAGAAGUAUGGGACUUGACCCACAGUGGGAUCGCAACUUUCUUAUGGACUUGGUGGAGGUUUAUGGCAUAGAUGUAAUGUUGGUUAUAGAUAAUCCGUGCUGUUCCUGAGCCUGGGAGAUGGACAUCAUUUUAGAAAAAUGUGGACAUUAAAGAUGGACUCUAUGGACCACGGUGUUUUCAUCACUGUGAAGAAUUCUUAAUUUAUAUAAAAAAAAGUAUUAUUUAUAACUAUAAAGGAAUGACAUCUUCCACAGUUUUGCUCUGUGCUGUUUGUAGGACUGUUACAAAUGCACACAAGAGCGUGAAUGAAUGUUUCUGUAUGUUAGGUUGGAGAGUGCGGAGUUGUAUUUCAUGUAUAUCAUAUUUCAGAUAACACUGAAUAAUUUUAAUCCUCAAAUGGUUACCCUGAUGAUCUUUUCUGUUGGCUUAGCACAUUUGACUUAGAAAAGUAUACAGAACAGCCCGAUAACUGGCUUGUAUUUGUCUCAUUAUGGUAAUAAUUUUGUUUUUACUACCUCUGAUGCUGUGUAUUGGGGUAGAAAUACACUUGUAUGGUUGUAUUUCUUGUGCCUUUAUCCUGGGAUGAGUGGCCACUGUGUAAGUGACCCUGUUGUGAUAAACAUAUGGCUGUCAGUGGCUAGAACAUUUUUAGGGUUUCUGUGGAUAUAUUUCUCCACAUAUUUUGCAGUGAAUUGCAAAAGUAUUUUCACUUUGUUUUUCCAAGUAGCGUAGUGUUAUUUCAUAGUUGAGGUCUUUGAAAUACUUAAAUGUACUGAAAUGGCAUACCAGCAGCAGCUUUUUUCUCUCUCCCUGACACCAGUCUAGUAACCUUGCAGAGAUGCCUAUUGUUCUCUUUUAAAUAUAAUUUCCCCUUGCCACAUUGCAUUUUUUGUGAGUGAAGUCUACUCCACUGCCUUCUGCAACGUAAGUCUGAAGAGUGCAGGAGUCUAAUGGCUUGACGAUAAACUAUUGAUUGGUGGUCUUUUUAAUUUAAAUUAGUGUGUUCUUCAGUACCUUUAUGCCAUCACUAGUUCCAUAUAUGACACAACUGAACUCCACCCUCUAACGUAUCUGCUUGGGGUUUUGCAAUUUAAUGUUUGGACUGUAACAGCAAAUAUCUUUGGAAAUGGGACCAUGUGUUCCAGGAGUCACUGGACCCUAAGAAAAAGUUCAGACUGAAGCAAAAAAAAAAUCAUCAUGUAUGUAUGUUCUGUUUUGCAUUAAUAGGCAGCACAACUAAAGUGUAAUCAUGGAGUUUUAACUGAAGCUCACUGUUUCACUCUUAGAGGUUUUGUAGGAGGGUUAGUCCCACUGUACACACAACCAGCCUGCAUAAACAUAUUGUCUACAACACUGGCAAAUGUUAUUGGAAAGUGAAUUCUUUAUCAUCAAGCACAAUCUUUAAAUAAAAUUAGACAGAUUGCAAAUAUGUGAUUGUAUAUAUGAUGGUUGAUCACAGAUGAUUUGUAGUUAAGCCUAGCUCCAACACUAAUGCAAUGGAAUCUCUUUAAAGUGUUUCCUGUUAUCUUUUAAUGUCUUAUACCCCAAAAUGGUUAUCAUAACAAAUUUUUAUGCUGAUGUAAUAUUGUUUUUCAGUCUCCGAAUCCUCUUCCUAGGUUUCACUAUGGGUCCUUAGUAAUGUAACUCAACCAGGCAUAAUAGAUAAUUAUUAUUAUUAUUAUUUUGGUUGUAACCCAUGCAUGAUACAUUUGUUUCUUUUUCCGUUUAUUACACUAAGAGCAGCGUGAGUCUCUGGCUUCUGUGCUGCUUUCCCACAGCAAUGUCAGUACUUCCUCAAUGAAGUACUCUGAUCUGUGCUUACUCUGAGCUUCUAAAAACUGUCAUUGUCAUUUUUAAUUUUUUUACAAAAUUAAAAAGGUGAUCAGUAGGAUUCUAUAAGUGUUAAAAGCUGUAGUCCUUAAAAAUCCAGACUCUUUUCAGUUUUAGUAGAUAUAAAAGUUUGUAACAUGUCUAGCAGUUGUACAUAUUUUUACAUAACUCACAGCUGUCACUUAAGUGAGUUACUAAUGCAUAACAAAGCUGUUUGUAAUUUUGAUAUUGUGCUUAAUGUUCCUCAGGUACAUGAGUAGUGGCAAUACUUCAAUGGCUAAAAAUGAGAAUAUUUACUAAUUUUCUUUUUCGUAGAAAGAUUUCCAAGAAUUCACUUCAGCUGUUAGGUGGUUUGUACCAUUUUGCAUAACCUGGGGAUGGGACACCAUAACACAACCUCAGGUUAUAAAAUUAUGGGUUGUGAUUAACAGUGAGAACUACAAACAAUAGCUUGUUUGGUCUUGCCUAUUUCAUACAGACAAAAUUUGCAUUGUUUUCUUGAAACAGUGUGAGAUUUGAACAACAAAAAUGUUGAUACCUUCAUAAUCUGGAGCAAGAAAAAGUGGAAAUGAAACUGGAAACCACUGAAGGGUUUCUGGCCACUAAACUAUAUAGGUAGGUGAUAUUGAAGGGAGAAAAAAAUAACUCUGGAAUACGAUUACUUAUAUUAGUGGGUGAAAUUGUCUUUUAAUGAAGAAACUUUCCAUUUUUUAUGAAUCGUUUGCCCCACUUUUGUAGUAUUGCUCCUUGGCUGUCCCAUCUCAUGCAUCUGCACCGCUUUUGGGUAAAUCUAUCCUGAAAUGUGAUUUUGUAGUUCCACUGUCAAAUAUGUUUUACAGUUGAAAAUGUAUAUAUUCUGAUCUCCCGUUUGUGAUAUGGAGUCACAUUAAGAAGGUUGAAAAUUUAUUGUGAAAUUGUAUUGCUGCAUAAAUAAAAGCAGAUGUUGCAUUUUAGCUUCC